UAUAAGAAAAUAACUAUGAUGUGUGCUUGAUUAAAAUGUGCCAUGUACUUUAAUGGUGAAGCUGAGAACCCCUGAUGCAACCCUUUUACGUUUUUCGGUAUGAUAGCAAAUGAUUUGUUGUUUAUUUUCAUAUCCUUUGCUGCGAUCAUAGCAACUCUCGAACGAACGAAUGGAAUCGUUUUCGGUUCUUCCGAAAUAGACGGUAGGGUUGUAGAAGAAAAUUGUGCCAAUACGUUGAGUCUAGUCGCCUGUCGCAUCGAUCCAAAGGAUCAACGGAAGAUGACGCACAAAUUGUUUAUGUGUGAUUUCGAGGUGUUCGGAAUUGUACAAGGGGUGUUCUUUCGCAAGUACACCCAAAAACAGGCCGCAAGUUUGGGAUUACGUGGUUGGUGCAUGAAUACUCGCGAUGAUACAGUGAAAGGACAACUCGAAGGAGAAGAAAAAGCGAUGAACGAAAUGAAACAUUGGCUACAAACUAAAGGUAGUCCAUCGAGCCGUAUUGAUAAGGCAGUUUUUAGCGUUCCCAGAGAGAUAACAAACUUUUCAUUUAAGGAUUUCUCAAUACGUCGUUAAAUUGUUGAGCGAAAUGCAAGAGCUUU